GGAGGAACAGGCGACAUUCAUCCAGGGAUGAACCAGUGACUAUCUGCGCUAUUCGGUUCAACAGACGCACUUCCUUCAUGCAAACAUUAAGCAUCAAUUGAGGGGGAAAAAAUAUAAAUAAGCGGAGAUGAAGCUGCUGAUUUUUUUUGUAGCCGUCAGCAUUGCGGUGAUGGCAGCGAUGAUUUUCCAGACUCUGCGCCAGGAGCUGAGUCUCCGCAACCUGAAGGCCCGCAUGGUGGAGAGCACCGUGGAAGUCAAGAGAAGAGAGGACUCCAUCAUGGAGCUGAAAUCUAAAAUCUUGGAGCUCAAGUCCUCCGUGGAAACCACCAACCAGAAGCUGGAGGAGCUGAAGAAGGAGAAGACUGAGAAAGAGGCGGCGGUAAAGCAGGCAGAGAAAGGUCUGGAGACCUGCAACGCAGAGAAGGGAAAAGCUGAACAGAAGAAGAAUGAGCUGGAAGAUUCCAUAAAUAAGCUCAAAACUGACCAUGAAGCGGAAAAGACCAAGGCUCAGGGGGAGAUUGGGAGCUUGAAACAACAGAUCUUGGACAGAGACAAAGCUAUUUGUGUCUAUGCAGAUAUGGGCAAGGAGGAGGCACGGAAACUGUGUGGAGAGUCCGGUGCUGCACAAUAAAAUUAAGUACAAUUAAACCUUGAAGACCCUUUUUCCACAAAGGAACACCUCUUAAAAAGAACAAUUUGGUGUUUUAUAUAUAUAUAUAUAUAUAUAUAUAUAUAUAUUUUUGUUUUGUUUAUUUUUUGAUUAAAAUGAGUGUCAUGCACAUUAAACGUGUUGGUUAAAUGGAGCUGACUUUUGGGGUGGGGGAAAUAGUUUUUCAUAUUUUUAUACACAUUGUAUAUUUGUUUAAAGUGUUUGUUUCAGUUUGAGCUCUUUUGGCUUCUUUUCUAUAAUUUUUAAUUAAAUGAGGCUGUUAACUAUUGCAUUCAAAGGUAUUUGAGCUCCAUUGUGUUGAGGUUUUUAUUUUUGAUUUGCUGAACAGUUCAACUGUCCUGAAUUAUAAUCUAAAAAAUUACUUGCACUGUUGGGUCAUCACAGAACUUUAUGUUUAAAACAUGACAGUUGUUAAAACAUUAAAAUCAUACAUUUUGCCAGU